CUAAGAAUUGUCGAACAUGUGAGUUGCUUCGCUGCAGAUUCUACGAUGUUUUACGAUGUCAAAUCAUGGAGAGCACACCCAUGUCUAACAGCCUGCGGCCAAGAAGCCGUUCUCGGUUUCUUGCCUCAGUCUGGCUGUUCGGUGGCUGAGUGGACACGACGAGCACGGCCUGACCCUCAGAGGAUGUCUUGCUUCGUCAUUCCCCGUCCCGAGUAAUAGUUUUAUUCAUCUUAAGGGGUUUGGUCCAAAGCGCCUUACGUCCAACAACCGAAGAUGUGGGAACCGUUUGGAGAGGCUCCAGCCAACAGUACAGGCCAGUGGAAAGAAGGGCCAAGAGAAAGAGGCACAUUUGGUAUACUUUCGACGUGCCUCUUCACGUUGAUUCUGUGUGUCUACAGUUGUCUUCAUUUAAACAUUCCCAGUCCUAGUAGGGCCACGUGGUGGCAUAAGAUGCGCCAUAGAGCAUGGUGGGGCUUUGUUGGCCUUGUCGCGCCUGAAGUUGUCGCUUUCAUAGCUCUAAGAGAUUGGCAUGCCGCACGCAGAUUGGACGAUGACAUGGCACGACUGUUACCCACAAAACCUCCACCAGAGUACUAUGCUCCAAUUGGGUCACCGGGAUCCCGAUCACACUGUUGGACUCGGAUCCAUAGUCAUUUGGCCCUUAUGGGGGGCUUCGCUGUUGAUCUCAGCACAUUGCUCGGCCCGUAUGACAGAUCGUUUUUGAACAAGACACGCAGAAUGCUAAAACCUGCUGCAUUGCGGCUAAUCGCCCGAUACGCUCCGGAAAUCUUGCCGGACAUAUCACAGCAAGUCAUACUAGACAAGAGCAAAGCCAGCGGAUUAGGGAAGUUCCUGCCCUGUUUGCAAGCCUUCUGGUUUUCUCUGCAAGUCGUCGGCCGACUUGUCACUGGACUUCCCAUUAGCCUGCUGGAACUGAACGUGCUCUUACACGCAGUUUGUUGUUUUUGCAUCUACAUGGCUUGGUGGAACAAGCCUCUCGAUAUCGAAGAGCCCUUUACACUCGAUGUCUCUGAUCGCACACAGCAGGUGUGUGCUUGGCUGAUGCUUGAAGACCACCCACUUCGCUCCUAUCCAUGCCGGGACUACAGCAGUGGAGAGUGGGAACUUUUCUAUGUGGGUGAUUCGCAAGCACCAGCGUAUGCCGCGCCGGACGAUCGCGAAAUGAGGCAGCAUGGAUAUACGUUUUCCUUCCAAGCGCAGAGAGUGGAUAACAGUGUUGAGAGAAUCCAACACCAAUUGGGCCAGAACAAAGACCACAUGACGCUGAGGCUGUAUGGAGAUCAAGUUUGCUACGGAUUUGCAGUAAGGCCCGUCCACACCGGAUCCUACUAUGACGAUCCAGUGCGGACAGAAUAUAAGCCCGAAACUGCCUGGGUGGAGCUUACAAGCCCCGAAAUCACUCGACUAAGGCUUGUUCACCUCAUGAAUGCCAAUGGAUCCGGAUGGUCAUUCUCGCACAAGUCGUACUGUCCGCCAGGCAGGAUGUUUAUUGAUGAAACUACGCUGAUGUCAUCGCCUGACGAUGAUUUCCAGGGCUGGGACGAAUUCUACGCAACUGGUCUAAUGUUGGCGGGAACCAUCUACGGUGGACUGCACCUCUUAGCUUGGAAUGGCCCCUUCGUUAGUACCGGCGAACAGUGGCUAUGGCGGUAUGCGUGUAUGACUAUCGCCAGUCCCGGACCGCUGGCUCUCAUCUAUCGCCUACACCCCGUCAUCGAUGUCAUUCACAAGCAAAUGAUUCAACCAGGCUCCGAGGUUCUAAAGAACUGUCUCGGAGACUGCGCAACCUUAUUCAUUCAAAUUCUGUGCGGUUGUUCUGCAUAUCUCGUCACAAUGAUGGCAUUGGCCACUUAUGCGUUGGUAUAUAUUGCGGCACGGCUCUACCUCAUCACCGAAUGUCUCACAAGCCUUGCACAUCUUCCACCCGAGGUAUACGUCGAACCGUCUUGGAGUAGAUAUCUGCCGCAUUGGGGCGCCGGUUGACUCCAGCAUCUGGAUAUCAUGGCGACGGAAUGAUCCGAUAAACUGCUGUGAUUGUUCCUAUGGUGGGAUCAGGAGCUUAAAUCCAUGGGUAAUGGCGGGUGAGGCUUCAUGCAUACGGGCGUAGGAAUUUUCUGGGUGAUUUUUACGGGUGCCCCAAACACAGCCUUGUGACUGAUCGAUCUUAUUUCAACCUGCAAGUGGCACCGUGGAAGGAGCAGCCUCGAAGAUCGAACAUCUGGAUUUGAAGCAGAUCUCUCCACGAACCUGCACUGCAGUCUUUGGCUGGACUAUGCUCGCUGAAGGAAAUUCUAGAUGCGAGUGAGAAAGUGCGACGGCCUUUACCACCUCG